UCCCUUCAGGAAAGUGAAUGUGGGUCAGUGACGACACUUCCCCCUCUCUGCUCGGAUUUAUCCCUGAAGUUUUUCCUCCCCUCCAGGGCGCUGCUGUGAACUCAACUUUUUUCUGUCUUCUCACCACUUUAAACCAAAAGCACCGCCAUGUCGCCGCCGUCUCGACGGCUUCAGACGAAGCCAGUGAUUACCUGCCUGAAGACUUUCCUCAUCUCCUACAGCCUCAUAUUCUGGUUCACAGGCGUGAUCCUGCUGGCCGUUGGCGUGUGGGGGAAGGUGAGCCUGGAGGCCUAUUUCUCUCUGUCCUCUGAGGAGAGCACCAAUGCACCAUAUGUCCUCAUCGGGACCGGAGCCAUCAUCAUUAUUUUCGGACUGUUCGGUUGCUUCGCUACAUGCCGCGGCAGCCCAUGGAUGCUCAAACUGUAUGCCAUGUUCCUGACCUUGGUGUUCCUGGCUGAGCUCGUGGCAGGUGUCUCAGGCUUUAUCUUCAGACAUGAGAUCAAGGCCAAGCUGGGCGUUGCCUAUAAAAAAGCUGUGCUGUCCUACAAUAACUCAGACAGCAGCAGCAGUGCAGUGGACGCCAUCCAGAGGACUUUGCAUUGCUGCGGAGUGAACAAUUUCACUGACUGGAACGAAACAGAGUACUUUAAAGAGAAUGGCAUUCCUGUCAGCUGCUGUGAAGCCACCGCCAAAUGCACACCAGAGAUCCUGAAAGACCUCGACAAGGCUAAGACAGAGGUGUACAACAUGGGAUGCUUCAAACAGGUAACCCAUGUGAUGGAGUCCAACCUGGGAAUCAUCGCAGGGAUUUCUUUUGGGAUUGCGUUCUUCCAGCUCAUCGGCAUCUUCCUGUCCUGCUGCUUGUCUCGAUACAUAACCAACAACCAGUACGAGAUGGUCUAACAGCGACCUCACACAGGUCACUGACGGGCAGCUCCUGAUGCAAAUAGAGUCGAAAGAAUCUCCUGUGAUUUUAAUAUUGUGUGCGUGUUAGUUGAUAUUAUUUUAGACAGGGAAAAACACUCACUGCUUCUUUUAUUCACCAAUGACAAACGAGCAGAAGGGAAAUAAUGUUAGAGGAAAUCCAAAAAAAAGGGACGUCACCUGCCGUCUGUAGUUUGACCAAAAACAAAAGGGACCUAAACACUUUGGAGACCAUUUGUUACUCCUGGGAUUUAAUUAGGGAUUUCUGUUAAGCAUAGAUGUUACUUUCAGUUGAGUUGAUUAACUCUGUCGUCAACACUUUCAUUUCUUGUGUCUUUUGUAUAAUGCAGCUGCCUUACUUUGUAAUUUUGCUAAAAGAUAGUCUGUAGCUGAGCAGAUGAAAUCUAGAUGAUAAGCUGAUAAAUGUUAAACUUCUCUGCAACACUAAGUGAAUUUCUGUGCGUGUGAAACCAGCAUAAGCCUUAGAGACGGACGAGGAGGUCGCCACCCUGAAAUCAAGUGUGUGUGAUUCACAGUAAGGACUUAAACAUGAGCCUUACUGGUUACGUAGGCCAGUAUUGUUGAAAUCCCGCAGUCAUGUGUGCCAAUUACAGUCACCCGGCCACCUUCAUAUCAGUCUUCAGUGUUAAAUUGUUAUUCUUUUGUGGAUGCAUGUGAAAUACUUGAAAAAAAUAAAUAAAAGAUAAAAGUAUCUUUAACAGUG